CUUAAAUGCCUACUGUUUAGACAUUUGACGUUGAACGAAAAAGAACAUAUUUGAAUAAAAAAAAUGUCUUAAAUUGAAUAUUAAUAAAUUUUAAUUAAAUGCUCCAUUUUUAGUUGCUUGGUAAAUAUGUUUGCAAAAUACAAUUACCAAUUAGCCAUCCUAGUGUGACCGAAAAUAAUAUUAGUCGUCUUACGAUUUGAAUAAACUUGCGUGUAAAAAUUCAAAACAUAUUUUACUGCAGCUAACAGCUAUUAGAUAAAGGCAAAAAGGUAUUUCAUUUAUUUUUCGAAUGAUAAAUAACAUUUGGUUGACCUUGUCAAUUGUCAAAGCUCAGUGGCGGGAUAAUUGAGCGCUCUUCAGACCCCUGCCAACUUGCCAACAUCUAUUUAGAACAAUUCUCAUCCCAAUUACAUAUUUAACCUUGUGAAUUGAUGCUAUCUUUUUGUAUUAAAUUUUACGAUUUAAGGCUAUAUAUUCACCAUGGAGAUGCAGCUUGUACAAAUAUUAGCAAACGUGAUUAGUUUGUUAACUGUUUUAUCAUGUUUAUUUCUGAAAGUGCCUCAAAUCUUAUACAUAAGAAAGAAACAAUCUGCUGAUGGAAUAUAUAUGCAGGCAAUGCUAAUGGAAAUCACUGGGUUUACAAUUGUAACUCUCUACAAUUACACAAAUCAAUACAGUGUAAUGACAUAUUUGGAAUAUCCCAUUAUACUACUGCAAGUUUAUGUGCUGUUGUAUUAUGUAUUAAAAUUUAAAGGGUAUUUAUCAGCUCCUGUUGUGCCUUUUUUAAUAACAGCAUAUUUUGUAACCAUUCUCUGCUUUGUCCUCGAGAUAUUACCAAAAGAAAUACUAUCCUAUUUAGUGCCUUUUUGUACACCUUUGAGUGGAUCUGCCAAGGUUACCUAUAUUUAUGGAAUAAUCAAGGCAGCGAAUGCAGAUGCUGUAUCAUUAACUACAUGGAUAAUUUCUGUUUUAACAAACAUAUCACGUCUCUUUACUGUGUACGUUGACUCUGCUGAUACGAAAUUAAUGAUCAACUUCCUGGUAUCUACAACACUGAGUGCUGGAGUUCUAGCCACAGCUAUUUACUAUCAAAGGUAUCCAACAAAACCUACACCACAAAAACAGAGAAGAAGGCGAAGUUUAUCCGCCGACCGAAAUCAUCAACAUAAGGAAUAAUUUAUUGAUAAAAGUUCUCAUCAAUAUUUAUAAAUACAAUGAAAGCAAUAAUAAAUUCUUAGCUAUAUUUUGAAAACUAGCAAUGUUUAUAUUGAUCAAUCUAUAUGCAUGUUAAGCCACUAGUUUGUUAGAAAUUUAUAUAUAAAAUAUUCUAAUAAGGUAAAAGACACUAGAGUAUUUUAAAAUAUAUAGUUUUUAAUUUAGAUAUGUCGCAUAAUACCUAUGUUGGUUAUGAUUCCUUCCUUAGUAAAAAUAGAUUUUAUAUCUCAUUUUCUAUAUUGCCUUAUUUGAGCACAAUAUUAUAUUUAUACUUAAUGAUGCUUGUGCAAUGUAAACUUUAAACAAAAGGCAUUACAAACACAGUAUUAUGUUGAAAAAUUGUAUUGAAUUUUGUUCUAUGGUAUCUAGUCAAUAUUGAUCCAGUACAAGGGCUGAAAAUUAUUUAUAUUUAUCAGAUUUGAAAUAACAGACUUAGAUAUUAAACUAAAGCACAAUAUUAGCGCACAAUUUUGCGAUUAUGUUUCUCAAAAAAGUGUGCUAUAAUCCAGUGAGAAAUGUGCAUACUAAAACAAUUUAAAAAUACAUUUUGUGAUAAUUAUAUUUAUUUUAUAUAUUAUGUAUUCCAUGUUAAUAAAAUAUUUGCCUAGUCAAUUAUAACGAUUAAGUAAAGUCAUAGCAACGAAUUGUUGUAGCCAUACAGAAAAUGAAUCUCAAAAAGAAAGAAAUUUAAUAUACUAAGGUAUAGUAAAAAUGUACUACUAGAGAGAUCAGAGCUGGAAAUACUUUGUAAGAAGUCAUUGAUUGAAUGAUAUUGUGUACAAUGAAUAUAUAUAUUUUAAAUAGAGUGCCAAAUGAGGCUUGCUUGUUAAAUAUUUAAUAGUUAUAUUCUGGCAUAUUGUUACAUUUAAA